CUUCCUACAAAGAACUUUCUUCACGCGUCGCGGACAGCCAAAGUAGAAAGACGACGACGAGAUAAUGGUGAUUGUACCAACUUGAUAUUCAAAGCUUUAUCGCGUCCUGCUUCUUGAGCAUGCCACGCGCUUUUGCGCCUACCAACAAUCUCGUUUUCUCGCCCGGCUAGGACCCUGAAAAGAUGGAGGUUGCUAACGGUAGUUCUGCGGCUCAGGGCCAAAAUGGCUCAUCUGAAGGCAGCAACGGAUACAAACUGAAAUUCUGCACUGUCUGUGCCAGUAACAACAAUCGAUCUAUGGAGGCCCAUCUCCGGCUUUCGCAGGCGGAUUACCCUGUCAUCUCCUUCGGCACGGGUUCUCUCGUCCGCUUGCCUGGACCAACCAUUACCCAACCUAACGUAUAUCACUUUAACAAAACAUCCUACGACAGCAUGUUCAAGGAACUUGAGUCCAAGGACGCUCGACUGUAUAAGAAUAAUGGUAUCCUGAAUAUGCUGAAUCGUAAUCGCGGGGUCAAAUGGGGCCCAGAGCGCUGGCAAGAUUGGCAGGUUGGUGUGCCUCGCCUGCAGCACGCUAAGGACCGUGGCAGCGAGGGUACUGAGGGUGGCCUGGUCGAUAUUGUCAUUACCUGCGAAGAACGAUGCUGGGACGCCGUUGUGGAUGACCUCAUGAACAGAGGCUCUCCCCUUAACCGACCUGUCCAUGUCAUCAAUGUUGAGAUCAAGGAUAAUCACGAGGAGGCUGCCGUUGGUGGUCAAGGUAUCCUGGAUCUUGCCAAUUCCCUGAAUGCAGCGGCUCGGGAAGAGCGUGAUGCUGUUGGUGCCUCUGCCUUCGACAACGGUUCCGCGUCGAGCAGAGCUACGUUUGAUGAGCGAGUACCUGACAUUCUCGCUUCAUGGCAGGAAAGAUGGCCCAACCUGCCAGCAACCUGGACUGUGGCUUGGUUCUGAUCCUCGUAAGAGCUCACUUUUUUACAUGCUUUGGUGAGGUGACUGGACACCAUUCGAUAACGACUUGAAGCUUGGGUAUACUGCCACGUCCCACGUGGCUUGACACCGUAUUGUCAAAUAUCUCGAAGCUCAAAUGUUCCUGGUAGAAAGAUCGGUAGAACAGACCUUCAGAGGACUUAGAUGAGGGAUAAGCUUUCUCGCUCCCAGUCGUAGACACCCGGACCUGGUCAUAUCGUGACAACUGCAGCACAUACCCAGAGUUUACAGUUUGGACAUUGAGGCCGCCAACACUACGGAACAGGUUCUUCCAUCAUAUUCACCUGUCGUCACGGACAGACUGGGAUCAAGGUCUUCACGUGCUGGGUCAUGUACGGAUGGACUUGUGGGAGAUUGAUAUGUCAUCCUUGCGACCCAAAAAAGCCCACAAAACCCAUUUCCACCGGUUCAUCCGCUGCUAUUCCUGAUAUGGGUUUACGAUCAAGCAGAUCAUAGUGGACGGUUUCUUAGGCCCCCCACAGUGUAUUAGACGCAACCAUAUUACAGGCAGAUGAAUAAUGUCGAUCUUUGACCGGCUUCUCGAUUAACA